AUGGGUGUUCCAGGUUUGAGUUCUUUACCAAUGCUGAUGUUUGAAAAGCCCAAAAUUGUCUCUCCUGUCGUCGAAGAACAACCACGAGAAAUUGAUGGCCAACUAAUACCUAUUGACACACGUGGCGCGAACCCUAAUGGAGAAGAGUUUGACAACUUAUACCUUGAUAUGAAUGGGAUUGUUCAUCCAUGUUCGCACCCUGAGGAUUGUCCUGCCCCUAAAGAUGAAGAGGAAAUGAUGAUGGCUAUUUUUAAAUAUACUGAUCGUGUCGUAAACAUGGUACGUCCAAGGAAACUGCUUUUAAUCGCUAUAGAUGGCGUUGCACCACGAGCAAAGAUGAACCAACAACGCUCUAGAAGAUUCAGAUCUGCACAAGAGGCGAAAGAGAAGGCAGAAGAUAAAUUGACACUUCUCAAAAUGCUUAAAUCACAAGGUAGUCAACCCGAAGAACCAGAGGCCAAGAAAGCCUGGGAUUCGAACGAAAUAACGCCAGGAACACCAUUUAUGGACGUACUUGCUGCAAGUCUUAGGUAUUGGAUCGCGUAUAAACUUAAUGUCGAUCCUGCAUGGGCCCAGAUGAAAAUUAUAAUUUCUGAUUCCACUGUUCCUGGUGAAGGUGAACACAAAAUUAUGGAAUUUAUUCGAUCUCAACGAGCUUCACCCGAAUACGAUCCUAACACUAAGCAUGUCAUGUACGGUUUAGACGCAGACUUAAUAAUGCUAGGUCUAGGGACUCACGAACCCCACUUUCGCGUGCUCCGAGAAGAUGUAUUUGCUCAAGACUCGAAGCCCAGAGUAUGUCACAUGUGCAAUCAGGCAGGCCAUGAAGCAAGAGAAUGUACUGGAGCAGUAAAAGUAAAAGAUGGAAAAUUCGACGAAAAAAAUAGUGCACCAGCACUCAAGCCCUUCAUCUGGCUUCACGUGUCAGUACUUAGAGAGUACCUAGCAGCCGAGCUACAAGUCCCUGAUCAACCAUUUAAGUUCGAUUUGGAAAGAGCCAUCGACGAUUGGGUCUUUAUGUGCUUCUUCGUCGGCAAUGAUUUUCUACCGCACUUACCCAGCCUUGAAAUUCGAGAAAAUGGGAUCGAUACACUAAUUGCCAUUUGGCGUGACAAUUUGCCUCUAAUGAAUGGGUACCUGACAAAGGACGGUACUGUUGAUUUGGUUAAGGCACAGGUUAUUCUAGAAGGGCUGGCUAAGCAAGAGGACGCAAUUUUUCGCAGAAGAAAACAGGUUGAAGACCGACGUGAAGCUAACAAUAAACGCCGUAAGGUUGAGCAAGAUCGCGGAGGUCGGCAAGGCCGCGGGAAUCAUGGUGCAACAAAUAUUGGUAUACAGAAGACCCCCUUAGGCGAGAAACAAGAUGCCAAAAAAAUUGAGGAUGUGUACGCUGAUAUACCUCUCUUUAACCCUGGCGAAACGCGAAAGGAAUCCAAAUCAAUAACUCACGAUAUGGUAUCAAACCGUAGCGCGGUUUUCAGGGCUAAUUUGGCGAAUAAGAGCGCGGCUGCUGCUCUAAAGAGUAAAAUACUUUCAGAUUCUGCAUCCGAUGAGAUUAAUAACAAGCUUGGUUGCUGUAAUGACCCAUCUAUUACAGCUGAUCGAAAACGAAAGGCAGGUAUGAUUGAGGAAAUUGACAGUGCAGAACCUGUAGUUAAGACACCUCAAACCAAUACUCCCAAAUCAAAACCGAUAAGUGAUGAUACCCCACUUGACACCGUUCGACUUUGGGAAGAAGGUUACGCAGAUAGAUACUACGAGCAAAAGUUUGGUGUCGAUCCCACGGAUAAGGAAUUUCGGCACAAGGUUGCCAGAGCAUACGUCGAAGGACUUGCUUGGGUUCUUCUAUAUUACUUUCAAGGAUGCCCGUCAUGGGAUUGGUACUAUCCUUAUCACUAUGCACCAUUUGCUGCAGAUUUUGAUAGUAUUUCCAACGAAAAAAUAAGUUUCGAGAAGGGAAGAAUAUUUCGACCCUUCGAACAACUAAUGGGCGUUCUUCCUGCUGGUUCAAAGCAAGCUAUACCGAAAGAAUUCCAUCAUUUGAUGACUAGUCCUGAAAGUGAGAUUGUUGACUUUUAUCCUGAAGACUUCACAGUGGAUCUAAAUGGAAAAAAAUGGGCUUGGCAAGGCGUUGCCCUCCUACCAUUUAUUGACUCCCAGAGGCUACUUGAUGCUAUGGCAAAAGUUUAUCCUUCACUUCCACCAGAUGUUGCAGCUCGCAAUGCGGUAGGCAAAGAUGCCCUGCUGUUUGCCGAAGCCCAUCAAUCAUUAUACUCUGAAGUUGUCAAGAAUUUUUAUUCAAAAAAGCAAACUUCUCGCACAAUCGACUUGAACUCUCGCAUCUCACAUGGAUUGACGGGGAAGGUUGAGAAAAAUGAUACAUAUCUUCCACACAGUUCACUUUCCUUCCCUCUUAGCAACGGUGGUAUGCCAAGUCUUGAAGAUGAUCAUUCUAUUGUUGUAUAUUAUGAAAUGCCCAAGACCAAAUUUACCCACAAGUCGAUGCUACUCAGGGGUGUCAAGAUUCCCGCUCCAAAAUUAACCCACAAUGAAGUUGAAAUGACUCGAGGAAAGGCAGCACGAUCUGGAAGAAGCUACGGAGGAGCUCCCCUAGUAGGAGAGGGUCGGGGAAGGAGCCAGUUUCAUAAUAACAAACAGAAUAAGCAACAACCUCGAAACACAUACCAACAAAACGGACCACCAAAUAACUAUGGUGGUAAUUUUUCAUUUGCAGUACCGAAUCCAGGCUGGCAGCCACCACCUCCAGGACUAACUACCUUUGCCAGUCUACCACCACCACUACCAACACUUCCCGGAGCGUAUGGAUAUAAUGGGAACGCACAAAUGCCUCCCGUCUACCCACUACCCCCAUCAUACGGGUUUGCUACAAACACUAACAUGCACGGAUUUUUACCCUCUAGUAAUGGACGAGGUGGAGAUAUCGGAAGACCUUCCUCAAAUUCAAGAGACUGUCAACAGUACAGAUGA